AGCAGCUCGUGCCCAUAUUCUAGUCGUGCUCGUCUUGCAGGUCGAAUGCUUCAUCGGAAGAUGGAGCUUUAUUCUCCCAAACCUUCCCCCAAAACCACGCCUUGUGCCGUUUACGGAAUACCGAAUCUAUCACAAACCGUCGUAACACCCGAUGCGCCCUUCCCGAUACAGCCGCUCGCAAAAUCUCUUUCCACGAAGAGGCGCCCCGCCGCCGCCUCCCCCUCCCGAAUGCCCGCGUCACGGCAGCUGCCCCUCCUUCUGAAGAUCGCCGCCGCGGCGGCCGCCGGCGCAUUGGCGAUCGUCGCGGCGGCGCGCCUGCUGCGGGAUGACGCGGUCUCCUCCCUCCGCCGGGACAUCCGCGAGGCCGUCGCCGCCCUCGUCUCCAGCAACGAGGACGGCGACAGCGCCGACGGCGGCGGCGACGAGCAGGGGGACGAGGACGCGCCGCCGCCGUCCAUCCUGAUCACGGGGUUCCGGGCCCACGGGAAGAGCUCGCUCGUGAACACGGCGUGCCGCGCGCUCGCCGGCGAGGUGGGCCCGCUGCUGCUGCGCGCGGAGGCGUCGCCGCCGGGCGGCGGGUCCGACAGCACGAGGAAGCGGCUGAAGGUGAAGGCGGUGGUCUCCGGCGCGGACGGGGAAAUGGGGGCGGAGGAGGCGGUGGUGGAGCUGCUGGAUGCGCCGCCGCUCCCUGACGCCGCGAGGCUGACGAGGGAUGCAAUCGACGACGCGAUCAGCAGCGGGAACCCGGAGUGCGUGGUGCUGGUGCUGCGAUGCGACGCGCCCGCCAAGGAGCGGAAUGCCGCCAUCAAGCGCCUGCCGGAGAUCUCUGCGGCCGCGAGGGCGAAAGGGCUUAAUUUGAUUAUUGCAUUGACUUUUAAGAAGUCCGUGAGUUCAGUAAGGCAAGCUGAAGAGCUUCUAAGAGAGGUUUCCUUCAGGGCAAGGACGGAUUGUGUAUACUUCAUCGAGAACUACACCUGGAGCAACAGUGGCUCCAACCUCCUCCACCCCCCUGUCAUCAAGAAUGACUUUGGGACAGAUUUCACCGUGCUGACAAUCAUUCGACAGUGUCUUGAGUUCAUCAAGCUAAAUAGGAGUCAAAAGGAUAAGAAAGACCCCAAGCAGGCAGACACACAGGCAGACGCUAAAACAGCCCCUAAAGUUUAGCGACACAAAUGUAAGGCAUUUCUAUAGUUAUGCACAUACAAGAUCAUCACUGGUUCGCGCAGGUAUGAUCUUCUGCGGUA